AUGGCACUCAAAGUGAGAAACAAGUGGGGAAUUAUCAGUGGAGCAAUUCCAGUCCCUGCUAGUAGCGAUCCAGAGUACGAGGCAUGGGAAAGAUGCAAUAUUCUGGUUAGUACUUGGAUUAUCAAUUCUCUUAGUCCCUCAAUUGCACAGAGUGUGAUGUAUUUUGAUCUAGCUGAACACAUUUGGGAGGAUUUGAAAAAUAGAUUUUCACAAGUAGAUGCUCAUAGAAUUUCUGACCUUCAAGAUGAGAUCUAUAGUCUUAGACAGGGAGCUUGUAGUGUUACUGAUUACUAUACUCAGUCCAGAAUUUUAUGGGAAGAAAUGAGCUCACUGAGGCCUCUUCCUAUAUGUGAAUGUAAUCUAAAGUGUCAAUGUGGUUUGAAUGCUCAGAAGUGCUCAUGUGAACUAGCUGCUAAGAUCAGAAAAGAACGAGAGGAUGAUCAGGUUAUUCGUUUUUUGAAAGGCUUGAGUGAUGAGUUUUCAAGCAUAAAAUCAGGAGUGCUGCUUUUAGAUCCCAUGCCCCCUGUGCACAAAGUCUUUGCCAUGGCAAUGAAAUUAGAGAGGCAGUUGCAUGGCCUUGUAACAGUACAUAUUAAUGCUAGCCUUACUGAUGCAGUAAGUGAAAACAUUGUGGCUACUGUAAACAACAACAACAAGAGGAAAUUUACCUUCAAUAAUGUGAAUAAAUCUAUGGCUAAGUGCACUUUCUGUGGAAUGACUGGUCAUACGGUUGAGAAGUGUUAUAAGAAACACGGUUAUCCACCAGGUUGGAUACCAGGAUACAAGUCUAAGGGCAAACAGAUACAGACUGGAGUCUCUGCUGCAGUAUCAGGUAAUACUAAUCAGAAGUAUGUUAGUUCUAGACAGGUAGAAGCUGAUCUUAACUUGUCCAACGAGCAAAUCCAGAAGCUCAUCUCUAUGCUACAACUGCAAGCUGGACAAAAUAGCUGA